AUGUGGUCAUUUUUUUCGCGUGAUCCCACUAAAGAUUUUCCUUACGAAGUCCUAGACCCCGUUCGUGGUUUGGACGAUAGAAGUGUUUGGACACUCCACAAAGGAAAGAAAAGAGGCACUCAAGAUGAGGUGUCAAUAUUUUUGUUUGAUGUUGGCAAAAACUCGGAAACAUUAUUUGAUAUCGCUAAAGCCUCCUUAAAGAAACUAAAGACUAUGAGACACCCAAGCCUUUUACAUUAUUUAGAUAGCUGUGAAACUGAAAAAUUUUUAUAUGUAGCCACAGAAUAUGUAGAACCACUAGCUACACAUAUAGAAAAUAUGAAACUUGAGGGUCAACAGCGAGACUUAUUCUUAGCCUGGGGUAUAUUCCAAAUAACUAGAGCUUUAUCAUUUUUUAAUAAUGAUGGUAAUAUGAAACACAAUAAUGUGUGUUUAUAUUCCGUGUUUGUAACACUUGCCGGAGAGUGGAAACUUGGUGGAUUUGAAUUUCUUGCAGCUCACGGUCAAGAUUCAACUAAUCCUAUACCAAUUAAGAUAUUACCAGCCUUAGAAAUAUAUGAUCCGCCUGAAAAGAAAGAUACAACUAAAUUAAAAUCUGUUACAAAGUGUUCCUCAGAUAUGUGGGGUCUUGGUUGUCUGAUUUGGGAAGCUUUUAAUGGACCAUUAAAAACCCAGCCAGCAUUGAAAACUGUUGACUUGAUACCAAAGCAGCUGUGUACAUUAUACUGUGAACUAGUCAGUGCUAACCCAGCCUCAAGGCCAAACCCAGCUGAUAUUAUAACAAGAUGUAGAAAAAUGGGUGGCUAUUUUAAGAAUGAUCUGAUAGACACAAUGUUGUUUCUAGAAGAGAUACAAAUCAAGGAUAAAGUUGAGAAGGCAAAGUUUUUCUCUACAUUAAGUUCAUAUCUUGACAACUUCCCAGAGGCUGUGUGUAUUCAUAAGAUACUUCCACAACUACUCACAGCAUUCCAUUAUGGUGACGCCGGAUCAGCUGUAUUGGCUCCUAUGUUUAAGUUGGGGAAACUUCUCCAAGACGCGGAAUACCAGAAGCAAAUAGUUCCGUGUGUGGUGAAACUGUUCGCAUCCAACGACCGCACCACGCGUUCCCGACUGCUGCAACAGUUAGACCAGUUCAUCAUGCAUCUUCAUAACGCUACAGUAAAUGACCAAAUUUUUCCACAAGUGGUGCACGGUUUUCUGGACACGAAUGCCAUUAUAAGGGAACAAACUGUCAAAUCUAUCGUCCAUUUAGCGCCUAAGCUGAACUAUAAUAACAUUAACGUUGAAGUACUGCGACACUUCGCUAGACUGCAAUCUAAGGAUGAUCAGGGUGGAAUAAGGACGAACACAACGGUAUGUCUCGGCAAGAUAGCGACUCACCUCCACCCUCAGAUCCGUCAGAAGGUCCUGGUAUCAGCUUUUGUUCGCGCCACACGUGAUUCCUUCCCGCCCGCUCGUCAGGCCGGAGUCCUAGCGCUAGCCGCCACACAACAAUACUUCCUGCUAGCUGAAGUCGCCAGCCGUAUACUACCCGCACUCUGCCCACUCACAGCUGACCCGGAGAAACAGGUUCGGGACGCGGCGUUUAGGACUAUAAAAGGAUUCCUUGGGAAAUUAGAAAAAGUGUCCGAAGAUCCGAGCUUAAAAGAAGGAAUGGAGGCGGACGUGAACACAGCUACACCUUCUUUAAGCAACGCAGCGGCCACGUGGGCGGGCUGGGCUGUAACAGCUGUUACUGCUAAGUUCUACCGCUCACAUUCAGACACAGCGAGGGUACAACACGCGCCUAAAUCUGUAUUAUCUAAACCUGGCUCUUUGGAACAACCUUCAUCGAGCAGUAUGUCGACGACUACGUCGUCGGUGACAUCGAUGACGUCACUCGAACACAGCGAGUCAGCCUCGGACUAUGACCCCGAGCAUUGGGACAUGACCGCCUGGGGAGAAAUAGACUCGAGCGCUGCAACGACGGGUGCUAGUGCGAAGUCACCAGGCAGCAGUGGUAGCGCUCAACAGCCAGCGCUUACAGCGCUUUGUGAAGAUGACUGGGAUAAUGAUGAGUGGGGCACGCUACAGGAACAACCGACAGCGGAAGCGGAACUGGUUAGUCCAUCGGAGACUUGGAACAACAGCUCAUGGGUAGAGCCGAUGAAUAACGCUAACGCGACUUACGUUAGAGGGUCGAGGUUGGAGCAUCGACCGGCGCAUCAGAACAGUGGGGACUCACUGGCCGGCUGGGAGGACGGAGAGUUUGAACCCAUUGAGGAGAACGCUGACGAAAACAAUGCAUCCAAAAUGGACGAAUUAAGACGUAAACGCGAAGAAAGAAAACUUCAGCGUCAACGUGAAAUGGAAGCCAGGAGAAGUGCGAGGGGCCAAGGACCAAUGAAAUUAGGCACAAAGAUAACAACACCACCGCCGCCAUUUUAA